AAGGGCACCUUGUCACGUGACCUGUCAGGUAUAAAGACUGGACCCUGGAGUAUUGUGUUCAGUGGGACGUUUGGGCUCUAACCUAAUCUUACUCCAGGAUGCCCGGCCAUAUAAAGAAAGGUUCAGGACCGGAUCCAGAUCCGUCACAAUGGUUGUUCGUCUCAUACGAACUCAAGGAGAAGAACAAGGCCAAGCCUUAUGACCCUAAGAAGUCCUGUUGGGUCCCUGAGAAGGCAACCGGAGGGUUCGCCGAGGGUAUGAUCGAGAGCACCGAGGGGGACAAGAUCACCGUGAGCGUGAAGGGGGAGAAGAAGGUGUUUAAGAAGGAUCUGGUGGGACAGGUUAACCCUCCCAAGUUCGAUUGCUGUGAGGAUAUGUCCAAUCUGACCUACUUGAACGAUGCGUCUGUUUUAUGGAAUCUGAGGAUCAGAUAUGUGAACGAGCUGAUCUAUACUUACUCCGGACUCUUCUGUAUUGCGGUCAACCCAUACAAGAGGUUCCCCAUCUACACUCAGCGAGCUAUGGAGGUGUAUAUGGGUAAACGAAGGAAUGAAGUUCCUCCUCAUAUAUUCGCUAUCGCUGAAGGAGCUUUCCAGGGUAUGAUGGUCGGUGGCAAAAACCAGUCUAUACUUAUCACCGGAGAGUCUGGUGCUGGUAAGACAGAGAAUACAAAGAAGGUUAUCUCGUAUUUUGCUUCUAUUGGUGCAACUGGAAAGAAGAAGGAAGGAGAACCUGGUCUAGAAGAUAAAAUCGUCCAGACCAACCCUGUGCUUGAAGCCUGGGGUAAUGCUAAGACUGUGAGAAAUGACAACAGUUCCAGGUUCGGCAAGUUUAUCAGGAUUCACUUCAACCAGUCCGGAAAACUAGCAGGAGCUGAUAUGGUUAUCUACCUACUGGAGAAGUCUAGGUUGACCUACCAGCAACCUCUGGAGAGAUGUUACCACUCCUUCUAUAAUCUCAUGUCCGACGCUGUUCCUGACCUUAAGGCAAAAUGUCUUUUGUCAAAUAAUGUCAGAGAUUACUUCUACGUAUCACAGGGUAAGAUUGCUGUAGACAGUAUUGAUGAUAAAGAGGAUAUGCAGUUUGCAGAUGAAGCUUUUGAUAUCCUAGGGUUUACUAAGGAGGAGAAGUAUGAUGUUUAUAAGAACACUGCUUGUCUUAUGCACAUGGGAGAGCUUGCUAAAUCCUUUAUCGGUGUUGGUAAAGAGGAACAAGCAGAUAUCAAGGAAGAAGAUCAGAAACAUGCCAAGAACGUAUCAACUCUUCUUGGUAUUGAUAACGAAUGGAUGAUCAACUACUUCUGUAAACCUAAGCUGAAGGUAGGAGCUGAAUGGGUGACCAAGGGUCAGACUGUAUCCCAGGCCUCCAGCUCUGUUGCUGGUAUUGCCAGAUCUCUGUAUGAGAGAACCUUUAAGUUCAUUGUUGACAAAUGUAAUGAUACUCUGUGUGAUCCUACCAUGAAGAGGGUUCAGUUCAUUGGAGUCUUGGAUAUCGCUGGGUUUGAGAUAUUUGACUACAACGGCUUUGAACAGAUCUGUAUCAACUUCUGUAAUGAGAAACUUCAACAAUUUUUCAAUCAUCACAUGUUCGUCCUUGAACAGGAGGAGUAUAUGAAAGAGGGAAUUGAAUGGGCAAUGGUUGACUUUGGCAUGGAUCUCCAAAAAUGUAUUGAGAUGUUUGAGAAGCCCAUGGGUCUUCUUGCCAUUCUGGAAGAAGAGUCUCUUUUCCCCAAGGCAACUGACCAGUCUUUUGCUGCAAAGUUGCACGCAAAUCUGUUGGGCAAAUGCCCCAAUUUUGCCAAGCCCGAUCCUAAGCCAGAUCCAGAGGCUCAUUUUGCAGUUUGUCAUUAUGCUGCCAAGGUUUCUUAUAACCUAACCUCUUGGCUAGAGAAGAACAAGGAUCCUUUAAAUGAUACCAUUGUUGAAAUGAUCAAGAAUGGAACCAAUGCUUUAUGUGUUCUGUGCUUCCUAGAUCAUCCAGGUCAACCUGCUGAAACUCCCAAGGAUCAAGGUGGAAGCAAGAAGAAGGGAGGUGGUAAAACUGUAUCCUCCUUCUACAAGUCCCAGCUGGAGGAUUUGAUGAAAACGCUUCAUGCCACUGAACCUCAUUUCAUCCGUUGUGUUGUGCCUAAUACACACAAACAGCCUGGUGGUAUUGAGCCUGCUCUCAUUAUGCACCAGCUUACUUGUAAUGGUGUACUUGAAGGAAUUAGGAUCUGCCGGAAGGGAUUCCCUAACAGAAUGUCCUAUCCUGACUUUAAAUCCAGGUAUAACAUCCUAGCUGCCGGUCUUGUUGCCAAAGCUAAGAAUGACAAGGCUGCUGCCUCAGCUGUGCUUGAAACAGUUGGUCUGGAAAAGGAGAAGUACAGGCUUGGACAUACUAAGGUUUUCUUCAGGGCAGGAGUCCUUGGUCACAUGGAGGAGGUAAGAGAAGACAGGGUUGGACAGGUUCUCUCUUGGCUUCAGUCCUACUGCAGAGGAAAACAAUCUAGAAUGAAUUUUGUAAAGAUGCAAGGACAAAAGCUGUCUCUCUACUGCUGCCAGAGAACAAUCCGUAACUACAUGAUUGGUAAGACCUGGCUUUGGUGGCAGAUAUGGAUUACUCUCAAACCCAACCUCAAGUGUACCAAGUUUGCCCAGUACAAGGCUGAGUAUGAAGAGAAAAUAGCCAUUGCUGAAGCCAACAUUGACAAAGCUAUUGCUGAGUGCAACAAGGUCAAAUCUGCUCAUGCUAAACUAGAUGAAGAAAAAGCAGAUGUUAAAAGAUCACUGGAAUCUGGUGGAGAUGUUGUCAAAGAACUCUCAGCAAAGAUUGAAAAAUUAGAGAAAUCCAGGAAUGAUCUGGAAAAGCAAGUUGACCAGCUUAAUACCAGAAUUCGUUCGGAAGAGGAUACUCGCAGGUCAGCUGAGCAGACUGGCUCCAAAUUAAAGAAGGACACUGACAAGCUCAGGGAUGAAAUUAGAGAUGUUCAAACUAAUAUUGAAAAGUCAGAGGAGGAUGUUGUCACCAAGGAGAGUCAAAUUAGAACUCUGAAGGAAGAACUGGCCCAUCAAGAGGAACUUAUCCAAAAGCUGACUCGCGAGAAGAAGACCGCUGGAGAAUCCAGGCAGAAAACUGAAGAGGGAAUUCAGGCUGCAGAGGACAAAUGUAAUCAUCUCAGCAAACUUAAACUAAAACUUGAGCAAAGUCUGGAUGAAUCAGAAGACUCUCUUGAGAGGGAGAAGAAGGCUAGGGCUGAUGCUGAAAAGAUCAAGAAGAAGGUUGAGUCCGAUCUGAAGCUUACUCAAGAAACUGUAGCUGAUCUUGACAGACUUAAGGAGGAGCUUAACUCUACUAUUCAGAGGAAGGAAAAGGAGUUUGCCUCUGUAGCAGCUAAGAUUGAGGAUGAGCAAACUCUUGGAGGCAAAUACUCAAAGCAAAUCAAGGAAUUGCAGACAAGAAUUGAAGAGCUAGAUGAAGAACUUGCAAUUGAAAGAAACAACCGCAACAAGGCUGAAAAGAACAGAGCUACCCUGUCCAGAGAUAUUGAGGACCUUGGAGAGAAGCUUGAGGAUGCUGGAAACAACACUCAGACUCAAAUAGAACUCAACAAGAAGAGAGAAGCUGAACUUAUGAAGCUGAAGGCUGAUAUGGAGGAGUCUAACAUUUCAUUUGAAGGAAUACUUGCUAACACUAGAUCAAAACAUAAUGGCGUUAUCUCUGAAAUGGGUUCUCAGAUUGAUGAUUUGAAUAAGGCUAAAGCUAAAGCUGAAGCAGAUAAGGCAAGAAUGGAGAGAGAUCUUCAUGAAGCAAAAACUUCUUUGGAUGCUGCCAUUAGAGAGAGACAGAAUGUUGAGAAGGAGGGUAAGCUGACCCAAUCCAAGAUUGCUGAAUCCAACCAGCGUCUUGAUGAUAUGGCCAGAGCACUUAAUGAGGCAGAUUCCAGCAAGAAGAAGUUGACAGUUGAGGGACAAGAUCUGCAAAGGCAGAUUGAGGAUAGCGAGGCUCAUAUUGCUGAGUUGGGAAAAGCUAAGAUAUCUUUGACAACCCAACUUGAAGACACUCGCAGGCUUGCAGAUGCUGAGACCCGUGAUAGAGCUGGACUAAUGAGCAAAUUCAAAAAUCUUAACUCUGAAUUGGAAAAUCUAAGAGCCAGGAUUGAAGAGGAAGCUGAGCACAAGGGAGAGAUCCUGAAACAGCUCUCUAAGGCACAGUCUGAAAUUCAACUAUGGAAAUCUAAAUAUGAAACUGAGGGUCUAGGCAGAAUAGAUGAGCUCGAGGGCAACAAGGCCAAAUUGAUGAUGAGACUUCAAGAAGCUGAAGAGACUAUUGAAAGUCUUCACACUAAGGUGGCAAGCACUGAGAAGUCUAAGCAUAGGAUGGACACUGAGCUGGAAGAUCUUCAACUAGAGUUUGAAAGAGUUAAUGCUGCUGCUAUAGUGGCUGACAAGAGAGCUCAAAACUUUGACAAGGUUGUUGGAGAAUGGAAAAUGAAGGUUGAUGACCUUUCCAGUGAGCUUGAGGCCAGUCAGAGGGAGAGUAGGAACUAUAACUCUGAAGUAUUUCGUUUGAGAGCUGGAUGGGAGGAGAUCACUGAACAACUUGAUGCUGUAAAGAGAGAGAACAAGAACCUAGCUGAAGAAAUCAAGGAUCUACUUGAUCAGCUUGGAGAAGGAGGAAGAUCCAUCCAUGAACUUGACAAACAGAGAAGGAGGCUUGAGGUUGAGAAAGAAGAGCUCCAGGCAGCUCUUGAAGAGGCAGAGGCAGCACUGGAGCAGGAGGAGAAUAAGGUUAUGAGAGCACAGCUUGAGCUCUCUCAGGUCAGGCAGGAGAUUGAUCGUAGGAUUCAGGAGAAGGAAGAAGAGUUUGAAAAUACCAGGAAGAAUUAUCAGCGUGCACUUGACUCUAUGCAAGCAUCAAUGGAGGCUGAAACCCGUGCAAAGGCUGAGGCACUUAGAAUCAAGAAGAAACUAGAAGCUGACAUCAAUGAACUUGAGAUUGCCCUGGACCAUGCCAACAAGUCAAAUGCUGAAGCACACAAGACAAUCAAAAGAUACCAAAACCAGUACAGGGAAGCAGAAACUGCUUAUGAGGAAGAAUCUAGACAGAGGCAAGAGAUUGUUGACAAGGCCGGAUUGGCUGACCGCAAGGCCAAUGCUUUGCUUGGAGAACUUGAAGAGUCAAGAUCUCUGCUUGACUCUGCUGAGAGAGGUAAGAAGCAGGCUGAGCUUGAACUUCACGAUGCCAGAGUUGCAGUCAAUGACAUGACCACUAUCAACGGCAGAGCUGCCAAUGAGAAGCGUCAACUUGAAUCUGCUGUGCACACUCUUCAUGCAGAGAUUGACAGUAUUCUCCAGUCUGUAAAGAACAGCGAAGAGAAGGCCAAGAAGGCCAUGGUUGAUGCUUCUCGUCUUGCUGAAGAGCUAAGAUCUGAGCAAGAUCAUUGCUCAAGCCAAUUGAAGGCACGAAGAGCUCUUGAUGCCCAGGUUAAAGAACUGGAACUUCGUCUCGAAGAGGUUGUUGAGCAUGCCACCAAGGGUGGAAAGAAUGCUAUUGCUAAGCUUGAGGGCAGGAUAAGAGAGCUUGAGAUGGAACUUGGUAACAGUCAGAUGAGAACUUCUGAAACUUUAAAAUCCUACCAAAAGAGUGAGCGUAAGAUAAAAGAACUGCAGUUCCAAAAUGAUGAGGAUCAGAAGAACCAGGAGAAGAUGGGAGAGUUGGCCACCAAACUUCAGGAUAAGAUCAGAACUUACAAGAAGCAGAUUGAAGAGGCAGAGGAAAUAGCUGCCUUGAACCUGGCCAAGUUCCGUAAAGCUCAGCAGGAGCUUGAAGAGGCGGAGGAGAGGUCUAGGCUGGCAGAGGAACAGAUUGAUGGACUACGUAGAGUGAGGGGCAACUCUGUCCUGAACAUGUAGUCGAGUCCUCAAACCAACAUUAUUAUUCAACUGAAGAGCCGCUGAAUCUAGUUUAUUUCUUGUCCUUGUAAACUAACCAUUUUUAUUAGCUUUAACUUGAUACUAACCAACUAGUGUGUAACCAGGAAUACGACAUAAUCAAUACAAUAAACACUGUACCCUCAA